AUGAAAAUCCCUGAAUCACGGGUCACGACUUUACCGAGUCAUGACAUCAACCCUCCUUUCACCAUCACCGAACCCUUAUCCAUUGGCAACCACCACAACCCCAAACUACUGAGACUGACUACAACGAAGUUACAAGAACCUAGGGAGCAUUUGUCACAACAACUCCGCCUGGCAGAGAACUACGGCGAAGUUAGGAGAAAGAGACUGAGGGAGGCAGAGCAGAGUGGAGGGAGCAAGACAAAGUACGGCAAAGUUGAACGAAGAGGACCGAGCCUACAACCUUCAAGUGAGGGAGAGCUAUCAUUCAGCAGUCCGACGUACUACAGCAAAGUUAGCCGCAGUUCAUCGACAAUCACCUCAUUGUUUACCACUCGACGUAUCGCUACGGCGCAGUCAGCCGUAGUUCCCCAACAAGUACCCUGUCCUAUUAGCCGAGGUUUGUUGACCUGGUUCGGUGAUGGUAAAAGGAGGCGGAAUGUGGCAGUUAUCGCGGGCGGAUGGUACUUUGUAAAGUUCCGCGGUGUCCGGAAACUCCCGAAUUACAUUGUCUUCUUCUUUGUUUUCCCAUUACUCCCCUCAGAGAGUACCUACAGCAUUUCCAGCAUACUGAUCAUUUCUACGUCGCUGUCUCUUCAUCUCAGUACCCCUAUACGUGUCAAAAAAGCAAAGAUGGACGGCUUAGGGGCUCUCAAGGACAUCAAUCAGGUCCAGAUGAUGAUAAGGAUCAUGGAAAUCCUGGGAGGAGCGUCCUCAGGGGCUGCUGCAUCGUCUACAGCAACUUCAGCGGCCCCGCAACAGGUCCAAAAUUCUUCCCUGACCACAUCUUCUUCCUUUGGUCCUGUCUCCACCAACACUGCCGCCCCAAAGCCGCCUGUGUACACCCCUCAAGGGCUUCAAAGCCUUAUGAGUGUGAAUAACAACUCUACAUUCGAUACUCUUGCGACUGCUAAGCAUUCAGUGCCAAGGAACUCAAUUACCGGCUGGCCAAGUGGCCUCAAAGGUAAAGGGGGUAAAGAUCCUUCUCCCCGUCGCCCCACCUUGUCUUCGACCACUCAGAGGACUAGUAGGGUCCCCAAAGAAGCUACAGAGGUGGACAAAGGUGCAAGAAUAUCGUUGCCAUUGGAUGAGGGAUUGAUCUUUGUCCCCUCUCGAGAUGUCCUUGCUCAAGACGCUCCCUGGACCGAAGAGAAGUACACACUCCUGCAUGAUCUGUGUGAGGACAUGGAUUUCAUUGGGUUCCCUUCGUUUCAGGCAAAGUUCAAUGGCUAUGAUGUCCGGGAGGAGGUGAUCAAGGCUUUCAAGCAUGUGGACGAAGUCGAAGAUGGGGGCUUUUCAUGGGUGCGCUAUUCCCGACUUAAUGAGACAAUGAAACCUCACGCCUUUUCAAUGGAUAUGGCUGCGGGUAACCUCAUCACCUUCUUCAAGAAUCAAUCCCGAGCUGUCAUUGUUGCAAACUCCCCCUUUCCACGCCUUGUUGGCCCUUUUGAGAAUGCUUGGGAGAAGCUCAAGAAGGAGCAUGGUCUUGAGACUAAAGGGAAAACCCGUGAAAUCAUUACCAUUCGGUCUCCGGGGUUUGACGAUGUGGAUGACAAGAUUCCUGGCCAAGAAGACAGUACUGCAGCCAAAGAGAAGAUAUUCCGUCAUGGUUCAAGAUCCUCCAGCCGCUUGAAGUCUAUUUCGCUUGUCAACCCCAAAGAACUGGCUAGAAACGCCACGCCUGGUCCUAGCAAGUUGAUUUCUAGCCUCAAGAGUCCUCAGGAUGUCUCUCCUAAGACUACAAUGUCGCCUCGGGCCCGAAAGAGGAAAACCGGUCCAAUAGAGUUGACCCCACCAAGGUCCAGCAAAGUGGGAAAAAUCCCUCGUAAGACAAACAAUUCUGCCGGCUCGGCUUAA